GCGGCUCGGACGUUGUAGUUUCGAUGAGCUCUCAGAUUGCGGCUCUCCUGUUCUGACUGCAGCAGCUUCCGUCACUCAUGUAGCCGAACAUGGCCCCUGCCAGCCGGGCUGUUGCUGUGGUAGCGCUGUCGCUGCUCUACCUGUGCGGUGGGAUCAUCUCCACGGAGUUCUUCUCCACGCUCACGCUGUUCAACAACGAGCUCCACAAGCAGGGAUGCAGUUCGCUAUCCGAGUGGGAGGACUACGCUGCGGACUGCGAGUCUUCUGUUUUGCAGUUCGAGGAUCCAGACUGCAUGGAGGGAAGCAACCCGCCCUGCGAGUCGGUUUUCUCCCUCAACGCUGAAAAAAUCCUGAACCAGGCCAAGUUGUUUAUAGAGCAAAAAAAAAUCCCCUUCCCUGUAGACAACCAAAACACAAACGAGGAACUGGCCAUAUGCUACGUUCUGAUAGGAAACGGCCUUUAUGACGAGGCCAUUAAACAUUUCUCCCUCUUACUUCAGAGCGAACCGGAGUUGGUCAGCGCCAUCUACGGAAGAGGGAUAGCUUACGGCAAGAAAAGCCUGCAGGACAUAAAGAACGCAGACCUGGCGCUGUACGAGCUCAACCGGGUCAUCGCGCUCGAGCCGAACUGGCCCGAAGUCUAUGAGCAGAGAGCCGAGAUUUUGUCGCCUCUGGGUCGGAUCAGCGAGGCUCUGAGUGACCUCACCAAAGCCAUCCAGCUGCAGCCGUCAGCUCGCCUCUACAGGCACAGAGGAACUCUGCUCUUUAUUUCUGAGGAUUACGUUGCAGCCAUGGAGGACUUCCAGAGCUCCUUAGAGCUGAAGAAGAAUCAGCCCAUCGCCAUGCUCUAUAAGGGCCUCACCUUUUUUCACAGAGGAAUGCUGAAGGAAGCCAUCGAUUCAUUCAAAGAGGCUUUGAAGUUGAAGUCUGACUUUAUAGAUGCGUAUAAAAGCCUCGGACAGGCUUACAGAGAACUGGGAGAUUUUGAAUCAGCAAUGGAGAGUUUCCAGAAGGCACUCAUGCUGAACCAGAACCACAUCCAGUCUCUGCAGCUCCGAGGCAUGAUGUUGUACCACCACGGCUCUCUGCAGGAGGCCAUCGGGAACUUCAAGAGAUGCCUCCAUUUGGAGCCCUACAACGAGGUGUGUCAGUAUAUGAAAGGGUUGAGUCAUGUGGCCAUGGGUCAGUUCUAUGAGGGCAUCAAAGCUCAGACUAAAGUCAUGCUGAACGACCCCCUGCUGGGACAAAAGGCCAGCUCCGAAUACCUCAAAGUGAAAUACCUCCGAGAGUAUUCCCGUUACCUGCAUUCCCACCUGGAUAUCCCUGUAGCGGAGUACAACGUGGACCAGGACUUACCGGGGAAUUUUAAGAACCACUGGGCCAAAAACCUGCCGUUUUUAAUAGAGGAGUAUGAGGAACAGCCCGGCCUGCAGCCACAUAUAAAAGACGUUCUGCCUCAGAACUUCGACAGCUACAGCACCGAAGUCCAGAAGCUGAUCUGCACGGCCGACCAUCUGGGCUCGCUGAUGCAGUACGACACGCCUGGGUUCCUACCAAACAAAAGAAUACACAGAGCGAUGGGGUUAGCGACGCUGGAGGUGAUGCAGGCGAUGCACCGGACGUGGAGCAGCUCCAAAGUGCGAGUUAACGGAAAGACCCGGCAAAUGCAGUGGAGAGACAUGUUUGACAUAGCCGUCAAAUGGAGGAGGAUCGCAGAUCCGGACCAGCCGGUUCUGUGGUUGGAUCAGAUGCCAGCCAGGAGCCUCAGUCGAGGCUUCAACAAUCACAUCAAUCUCAUCAGGGGUCAAAUUAUAAAUAUUAGAUACCUGGCCUACUUUGACAACAUCCUAGAGUUUAUUAAAGACAGAAUAUUAGUGUACCAUGGGGCGUACAACCCAAGAGGCCUCCUGGAGGUCCGCCAAGCACUUGAAAAUGUUAAUAAAGUAGAAGAUUUGCUGCCAAUAAUGAAGCAGUUUAACAGUAAAACCAGAGAUGGAUUCACUGUGAACUCCAAGGUGCCGAGUGUGAAGGAUCCUGGGAAGGAGUAUGACGGCUUCACCAUCACCAUCACCGGAGACAGGGUGGGGAACAUGUUGUUCUCUGUAGAAACCCAGACGACAGAAGAGCGGACGCAGCAGUACCAGUCAGAGAUCGAGAACAUCUACAAAGACCUGACAGUCAAAGGGAAGGCGCUGAUGCUGUCCACCGAGCUGGGGGACGCAGAUGCAGUGUGCAACCUGAUCCUCUCUCUGAUUUAUUACUUCUGCAACCUCAUGCCUCUAUCCAGAGGAUCCAGUGUGGUGGCGUAUUCGGUGGUGAUGGGGGCGCUGAUGGCCAGUGGGAAGGAGGUCAUCGGUAGAAUCCCAAAAGGAAAGUUGGUAGAUUUUGAAGCCAUGACAGCGCCAAGUCCAGAAAGUUUCAGUAAAACAGCAAAGAGCUGGAUGAAUCUAAAAAGUUUACCCAGUUGGUACCGAAGUCUUCCGUCUGUAGCAGAGACCUUUCCGUCCAUCAGAACGAUGAUCGAGGUCCUCAACACAGACUCGUCUUCACAUUGUCCAAAGAAGUCUUAAAACAUCUUCCAACGCUCAGAGAAAUCUGUCAAAUAAAGUCUUAACAACGGAGCUUCUGCACAAUAACAGUAAAGGGAUAAACUUCUACAUCCCAAACAAAACAGGACUGAAAAGAUCCAAAAAUAUUCUAAAUUCAUACCAAAAAGUAAACCUUGAUCUCAUUUUUGGAAUAUUCUCAGUCUUACCCUUAUAAGUAUUUGUUUACCAUCACUCUUUGCUUCAUAUUUAUUAUAACUUGACAUAUGACGUGCUUCAAAAUGAGCGACAGUCUUUGUAAAACAUAUUAGCUGCCUCUUAAUAAUGAACACAAAGAUAGUUAAAGUUGAUAGUUAAAGUGCUGCUCUGGUUUGAAUCUUAUUAAAUAAACACUGUUCCAGAUAGUAGUUUUAUUUGUUUUUACCUCAAUAUCAAGCUUUAAACAGAUCUUUCAGUUUUCACUGCAAAAGUACAAAAGUUUGUCAAGCAUUUUUGGUCUAAUUUGUAGCGAACCAUCUUAGUUCACAUGAAAUAAUAAUAAUAA